AUGAAGUCGCCUCCCACAUCAGUGCGGGGUGUACACCCGACGGCAGAGGUGCUGAAAGCACUUGACCUGGACAACAGCCGGCUCGACGACGAUAAUGAGAAGGCUGCCAUCAAGGACUGUCUUCUCGAAAAGGAUGCCGAGAUCCACAUGGUGGUCGGCGAGGACCCUGGGAGGGUGGGCAUGUUCACGGCGGUGGACGAGCAUGGCAAUAAGACUGCGUGCCCGUCCAAGGAGUUCCGCGCCAUGUCGGGCUGCUCCCAGUACGAGAAGACGGUCAAGGGGUGGCAUGCCAAGGCUCCUCCCUGCGUGCAGAACCUCCACAACUGCCCAACCUUCAAGAUGGCGACCGUGGAGGCGCUGCUGAAGCGCAUCAAGGCGGUGGCGACCGGGGGGGGUCAUGCGGAGGGCCCCGCCAGGGCCCUGGACGCGGGUCUUGCGGCGCCUGCGGCGGGUGUGCAAGGUGGUAUUGGUGGACGAACACAGGACGAGCAAGCUGUGUUGUGCCUGUCACGCCACCUUGCACACCCACCAGUACGAACGGGUGCGGCGAGGAGUGCUGGAGACGGGAAAGUCUGGGGGACCAAGCGGUGCACCAACAGGGGCUGCACAGUCAACGUCGUGAACCGCACCGUCAACGCGGCGGUGAACAUGCUCAUGCUGGUCAAGCUCUUCCUGGCCAGCCUGCCGCGCCCCAUGGCUUUCGGAGGGCCCCCGCCCCCCGUUCCUUCCACUCCUGUUCCUCCAACCGCCCCACCCUCUAUGACGGUUCGCCAUCGUGGCAACCGUUUGCGCAUGAGUACCAUCCUCGGAAGGUGUUAUGCAGCUGGACCGCCCGGCAGGGAGAAGGGGCCUCGAUCUUUCUUUUUGUUGCAUGACGUGCCUUCUUCCCCCUCCCAUGAAACGUGCAUGGCACUGGUCCAGCCUGUUCAGAAGUUCAGGACAGCCCCAUGUUUGAGCAAGCCAGAGGAACACCGCACUCCUCCUUACGGGACGCACGCUUGCGCAAACAGCUCGACCAAACCGACAGUUUCUAGCUCCCGGGCCCGCAUGUUGUCGGGCCAGGCUGAGCGCCUGCUCGUCCCGGCACCCCUCUCCCGUCGGGGCGACCGGGCCUUCUCCCGUCGCACCAUGGCGGGUCCCACCCAUCCCCACGCCUCCGGGAGUCGGAAUGGGCAUCUGCAUGGCGUGGCGGAGCCAACUCCCUUGGCCACAGCGGCAGAACUGAACAGCUUGCGGCGAGAGGUGGAGGAGCUCCGACAGCUCCUGUGGGCCCACCAGCAAGGGGCCCACGCAUGCCCCACCCCCAAUACCACCCGGCAAAUAGAGUCGGGCAUGCCGGAUCGACGGGAGGAGGGCAUGUUUGACUCCCGCUUUCACAGCACCUCCUCGGGCGCGACCCCCCGCGACUUUCGCACCCUGCCCAUCCGCAUCGUCCUCAUCCGGCAUGCGGAGAGCGAGGGCAACGUGGACAACAUUGCCUACACCUACCUGCCCGACAGCAGGGUCCCCCUGACGACGUACGGCUGGCAGCAGGCGCUGACCGCUGGCGAGCGCGUGCGGGAGGUGAGCUCCGGCGACGCGCACCCGCCGCGCCUCUUCUUCUACACCUCGCCCUACCUGCGCAGCAAGCAGACGUUUGAGGGCGUGGCGGCGGCCUUCGAUCCGGGGCAGAUCAUGGGCGCGCAGGAGGAGGUGCAGCUGCGGGAGCAGGACUUUGGCAACUUCCAAGACGCGGAGGGGAAGCAGCGCGAGAAGGCGGAGCGCCUGCGCUUCGGCCGCUUCUUCUACCGCUUCCCCAACGGCGAGUCGGGGGCGGACGUGUACGACCGCAUGACCAUCUUCGAGGACCAUCUGGUGCGUGACAUAAACGCCGGCCGCUUCGGCCCGGACGCCACCCUGGUCCUGGUGACGCACGGCCUGGCGUUGCGCAUCUUCCUCAUGCGCUGGUUCCACUGGACGGUGGAGGAGUUCAUGGGCGUGUUCAACCCCCCCAACGCCGAGCCGCUGGUCCUGGAGCGGAGCCGCAUGGUCAUCAAGGGCUGCUCCGACGUCAUGUGCUCCAUCUCCAUGGACGCCCAGUCGCGCGAGCUGGACCCGCUGGAGAACUCCUUCUACGCCCCCUCCACCGCCGCCUCGGAGCCCACGACCACGGCGGUGUGA